GCAGAGAUGAGAGAGAGAAUGGGGAGAGAGGAAUGGGUGAAGGGGAGGGCUGUUGGGAGAGGGGCCUUUGGAACUGUCAACUUGGCUACUUGCUGCAACUCUUCUUCCAUCUUCAACCCCCACCACCAUCUUCCCUCUCUCUUUGCUGUCAAAUCUGCCAUUUCUUCUUCCUCUUCUUCACUGCAGAACGAGGCCUUCAUUCUCUCCCAAAUCCCCCACUCCCCACGAAUCGUCCGUUGCUUUGGAGGUGAAUGGACGCCCGGGCAGUCCAACGAUGGCGCUUUCAACCUUUUUUUGGAGUACGUCUCCGGCGGUAGCCUCUCCGACCUCUGCCGCCGAAGCGGGAAGCUCGACGAGCUCACCGUUCGCCGCUACGCCCGGGAGAUCCUCGAGGGUUUGGCGCAUGUCCAUCGCCAUGCGUUCGUCCACUGUGACAUCAAGCCCUCUAAUAUCCUUGUCGACCCUUCUUCCGGCGUCAAGAUAGCCGACUUCGGCUUGGCGAAGCGGAGUGGAGAGAAGGCCUCCGGCAAGCCGACGAUCCAGGGGACACCCAUGUACAUCUCCCCAGAAGUUGCGGCGGGAGAGGAGCCGGAGCCGCCGUCGGACGUGUGGUCACUGGGAUGCACCCUCGUUGAGCUCGCCUCCGGGAAGCCGCCGUGGGAAGUGCCCGCAGGAGACGGUGGCAGUGUGGUGCAACUGCUGUACAGGAUCGGGAUCAGCGAGGAGUCGCCGGAGAUUCCUUCAAACCUGUCGGAACAGGGGAAGGAUUUCCUGCGGAGGUGUCUGGAGAGGGACCCCCGGCGGAGAUGGACGGCCGACAUGCUGCUACGACAUGAGUUCGUGAAUCUCAGCCGCGAGGAUGAAGCCUCUAUUGGUGCCAUUGGGAUGCUGGAAGGCCUCGAGUCACCAAAGGGCGCAUUGGAUUCCCUUUGGUGGAGGCACUCUUUUCAAUCUUCAUCAUCGUCAGCUGCUUCUUGUUCUUCAUAUUCAUCGCCACCAAAAGCUUCAGACUCUACCCCUCAAACAGCGACGAACUGGCCGGAAUCUUCGAACUCUCCGGCAGAGCGGAUCCGGCAGCUCGCCGGAAGCCAAGAUCCCCGGUGGUCCGGUGGUGUCUGUGGCAGGUGGGUCCCGGUUAGGGAAGCAACCUGAAGUCAAGUCAAGACAAUGCGCCGCAGCACUUGGGACCGUUUCCCCUCUAAUGGGGCCCACCAUCGUCCCCCACCAAAUCAAGAUGUACGGUGGAGGCUCAAUAUGACAAGUUCUGGUCCUCAAACCAAAGCUCACUUCAGGUGGGUCAGCAGACUUGGCACCAGUGGGCUCAUUGGUCUACGCCGAAUGGUGUUUGGAUCCGAGACAUUGUGUAUCGAUAUCGGAUCCAGAUCAGCUAAUACAUUAGAUUUCUGGUCCAAAUUGGAUCCACUACUGCAAGAAUGAGCGUGCAAUGAAUGGAAGGAUGAGAGCUCCCGAGUCCUCGACUUCUCCUUUUUUGGAUUUAGAGAGUUGAUGCGAGAAGCUCUCUCACUUUACCUACUUUUUUUUCCUUUAUACCGACAACAGAAGUUGUCAUAUAUGAUCGGUAUAUUGGAGAUCAUUUGU